ACGGAUGCCGCGAGCGACCAGUGCCGGGAGUAGGCUGUGCGCUGGCCUGGAAGCGCUAGACCUGUGAGGUGUGCAGGAGGCUGGUGGAGAGGCUUUGGUAGACAUGGCUCCCAACGUGUUGGCUUCUGAACCGGAGUGUCCCAAGGGCAUCCGAGCCGUGUUGCUGGGGCCUCCCGGGGCUGGCAAGGGGACCCAGGCACCCAAAUUGGCUGAAAACUUUUGUGUCUGUCAUUUGGCCACUGGGGACAUGCUGAGAGCCAUGGUAGCUUCGGGCUCGGAGCUAGGAAAAAAGCUGAAGGCGACGAUGGAUGCCGGGAAACUGGUGAGUGAUGAAAUGGUUGUGGAGCUCAUUGAGAAGAAUUUGGAGACUCCUUCAUGCAAAAAUGGCUUUCUUCUAGAUGGCUUCCCCCGGACCGUGAGGCAGGCUGAAAUGCUUGAUGACCUCAUGGAGAAGAGGAAAGAGAAGCUCGACUCAGUCAUUGAGUUCAGCAUCCAAGACUCCCUGCUGAUCCGGAGAAUCACUGGAAGGCUGAUUCACCCCAAGAGUGGCCGGUCCUACCAUGAAGAGUUCAACCCUCCAAAGGAGCCCAUGAAAGAUGAUAUCACUGGGGAGCCCCUGAUCCGCAGGUCAGAUGACAAUGAGAAAGCCUUGAAGACCCGCCUGGAGGCCUACCACACUCAGACCACUCCGCUUGUGGCGUACUACAGGAAACAGGGCAUUCACUGUGCCAUCGAUGCGUCCCAGACCCCUGACGUCGUGUUUGCGAGCAUCCUAGCAGCCUUCUCCAAAGCCACAUCCUAGUAACAGAAGCCAGGCGAGACCGCACCCCUGCUCAUCUCCCCGCCGUGGGAUCCCUGCUCUUAGGUGCUGGGCAGAGGGAAGAGGGUGGUCAUGGGAAGGAAGGAUGGAUGGAUGGUGAGGGAUUUUGGGGAGGGGCUCGAGAGGAGAUUUGGAACAGUGGCAGUGUUAUAAUUAGUAAGUUUUUUUUUUUUACAAAUAGGUGAGAAUUUUUUAAGUAUAAGCAAAGGAAAAGAUUAAUUUUUUUUUUUAAAAAAACUGUGAUUGGAAGGCAUUGGUGCAAAUAAGGAGACAUGGUAUUAUUUCUAAACCAUCAGCCUCUCCUUUCCUCUGGACCACAAAGCUAAUGCUCUUGAAGAGACCUCAGCUUCUACAUAAGAACCUCAUGGAUCACCAGGCCAGGAACACAGCAGUCAGCCUGGGCCCGUGUAUCCUGUGCAGAGAAGGGGCCACUGGCUGCCGGUGGUUCCCCAUGCCGUAAAAUUAAAGACUCCCCUGCCCGUAUGGGAGAGAUAGGGCUCUGAGCUUAUGGCUGCUGGCUCAGCAGAUCAUUUUCACUGGAAUUGUGGGGAGCAAAGGGAGACAGAUCCCACUCUUAGCAAAGGGAGACAGAUCCCACUCUUAAGACUUCAGAGCUGCCUGCUCUGGUGACAAAGCCUCCAGCCACCCAGCACACACUAGUCUUAAAACCUUGCCUUCAUCCAUCCAUGGGACCCUUUUAAAUAACUGAACAAGGCCUAGGAAUGUAGCUUAUCGGCCUGUGUGUGCCUGGCACUCUAAAGCCCUGGGUUCAGUCCUCUACAGUGAAGGGGUGGGAAAAAAGCUCAGAUGUCUUAAGCGAAAUCAUCCAAAGAUUGUACUUCUCACCCUCAAAUCCUGGAACUGGGAUUGCCCGACAACACUGUGAUGUAUUUUGCAAUGAGGUGCCUUUCAUAACUGACCAAAUGCUGCCAUGUUUGGCCCCUGAGUCAAUAAAAUAUGUUGAAAAUUUGUA